AUGCCAGUUUCCGUCGUGAACGGCGCCACAGGCGCUGUGCUUCACGCUCCCGGAAAACCCGCUAUGAAUCAAACCAUCAAUUUCUACUCCAACGUUGUGGGCUUCAAGGUCAAGUCUGAGCAGGCUUCAUCCGCCAUUUUGCUUGCCGACGACAAGAAGACCACUUUGAAGAUCGAAGUUUCAGACGAGAGAACGGAAGAGGAGAUUGAGGAAUUGAGAGAACACUGGACUCAGCUGUUCAACGUUGCAGACUGGAGAUCUCAGAUCUCUCACUUGACCUUUGCCGUGACCAAGUUGAACGAUUUGGUGUCUACGCUUUUGAACCUGGACAUUCCUUGCCAGUUGUAUCCUAAUGAAUUGUACCCUAGUGAAGUUUAUACUACGGACCCAUUGGGAAACUUAGUCGGCUUCACCAGCGCUUCCAACGCCUUGAGCUUGUUACCUCCGGUGGCCAAGUUGACUAUCGAAGAGUUUGAGCCAACCGUCAUGAGCUCAGCAGCAUCGGAGGUCUCAAGAAUUGUCAGUGAUACUCCUACCCUGAGAAACAUUGCCGUCAUGACCUCUGGUGGUGACGCUCCCGGUAUGAAUGCCUGUGUCCGUGCGGUGGUUCGUGCUGCAAUCUUCAGAGGUUGUAAGCCAUUCGCUGUGAUGGAGGGCUACGAGGGAUUGGUCAGAGGUGGCUCCGAUUACAUCAAAGAGAUGCAAUGGCAGGAUGUGAGAGGCUACUUGACCGAGGGCGGUACUAAGAUCGGUACUGCUAGAUGCAUGGCUUUCAAGGAAAGACCAGGUCGUUUGAAGGCAUGUAAGAACAUGAUUGAGGCAGGCAUCGAUGCCCUCAUUGUCUGUGGUGGUGACGGCUCCUUGACAGGUGCGGACUUGUUCCGUUCUGAGUGGCCUUCUUUGAUCAAGGAAUUGAAGGACAAUGGCUCCAUCAACGACAAGCAGUACGAAAGACACAAGCACUUGAAUAUCUGUGGUGCUGUGGGUUCCAUUGACAAUGACAUGGCUACUACCGAUGCCACCAUUGGUGCCUACUCUGCAUUGGACAGAAUCUGCAGAGCCAUCGACUAUAUCGACGCUACCGCCAACUCUCACUCGAGAGCUUUCGUGGUUGAGGUCAUGGGCCGUCAUUGCGGUUGGUUGGCUUUGAUGGCUGGUAUUGCAACCUCUGCUGAUUAUAUCUUCAUUCCAGAGAAGCCCUCCUCAUCCAAGGACUGGCAAAGCCAGAUGUGCCAGAUCGUUUCUAAACACAGAGACAAGGGCAAGAGAAAGACCAUUGUUAUCAUGGCCGAAGGUGCCAUCACAAGCGACCUAGAACCAAUCACCGCCAAACAAGUGAAGGAUGUCUUGACCAACAAGUUGGGCUUGGACACCAGAGUCACUACUUUGGGUCAUGUUCAAAGAGGUGGUAAUGCCGUUGCUUACGACCGUAUCUUGGCUACUUUCCAGGGUGUCGAGGCUGUCAAAGCCGUUUUGGAAUCUACCCCAGAAACUCCAUCUCCAUUGAUUGGUGUCAAAGAAAACAAGAUUGUUCGCUUGUCACUCGUGGAAGCUGUCAAGGUCACAAAGUCUGUCGCUGAAGCGAUUGAGAAGCAUGAUUUCGCCAAGGCAAUGGACUUGAGAGACUCUGAGUUUGUGGAACACUUGAGCAACUUCAUGGCCAUCAACUCUGCCAACCACGAGAAGCCCAGUCUUCCAGAGGAAAAGCGGAAGAGAAUUGCCGUCAUCAACGUUGGUGCACCUGCUGGUGGUAUGAACAGUGCAGUUUAUGCCAUGGCAACAUACUGUAUGUCCAGAGGUCACACGCCUUAUGCCAUCCACAAUGGUUUCUCCGGUUUGGCCAGACACGAGUCCGUCCGCUCGGUAGACUGGUUGUCCAUCGAGGGCUGGACAUCCAUGGGUGGUUGUGAGAUUGGUACCAACAGAAACACGCCCGAGAGCACAGACUUGGGCUUGAUUGCAUAUUACUUCGAAAAGUACAAGUUCGAUGGCUUAAUCCUUGUCGGUGGCUUCGAGGCCUUUGUUUCCUUGGAGCAGUUGGAGAAGGCCCGUGCUAUGUACCCUGCAUUCCGUAUACCCAUGGUUCUCGUCCCAGCUACUAUCUCGAACAAUGUGCCUGGUACCGAUUACUCACUUGGCUCGGACACUUGUUUGAACUCUUUGAUGGAGUACUGUGACGUCGUCAAACAGUCUGCAUCUGCCACUAGAGAUCGUGCAUUCGUCAUUGAUGUUCAAGGAGGUAACUCUGGCUACAUUGCCACGUUCGCUUCAUUGGCCUGUGGUGCUCAGGCAUCUUACGUGCCCGAGGAAGGCAUUGACUUGGCACAAUUGGAGCUUGACAUCAAGUCUUUGAGGGAAUCCUUCACUGCAGAAAGGGGACUUGCGAGAACUGGUAAGCUAUUAUUGAAGAGCACGAAUGCCUCGAAGGUGUUGACUACUCAGGUUUUGGCCGAGAUCAUGAAGCUGGAGUCUGACGGUGUGUUUGAUACCAAGACUGCGGUGCCAGGUCACGUCCAGCAAGGUGGCUUGCCUUCUCCCGUGGACAGAACGAGAGCAACAAGAUUUGCUAUCAAGGCAGUGCAGUUCAUUGAAUCCAAGUCUGAUGACAUCAGCAAAUACAGAGACGAGCUCGAAAUUCCUAUGGACGACAAGAGCUUAUCUGAAACUGCUGCCGUUUUGGGAAUUGUGUCGCUGCACCUUCAGUUUACUGGAAUCAGACAAUUGUAUGAUUUCGAGACUGAAGUGAAGAGAAGAAUGCCAAAGAGAAUACACUGGGCCAAGACCAGAGACGUCUGCGAUCAGUUGGUGGGCAGGACAAAGCUUGAGGCUUAG